UUCACUCAGACAGCAAAAUGAGUGAUGUCAUUUUUCGUGAGAGGGACUAAAAUUAAACUCCCUUACAACUAUUUUUCUUAAAACAUCACUUUAAACAUCCAAUUGCACUGAGUGGUGACUUGUUCAUGUUUCAUGCAUGGGCAGGUUUGAUCUUCCUCGUACCACCUUCUCUAGUGUUUCUCUGCCUUCCAUUUUUCAAAACUCACUACCUCGUUUCUCCACGAUUUCCAAUGCCAAAGAACAAUUUAACACCCUGUGUUCCAAAGGGCACAUAAAAGAAGCGUUUGAUUGCUUUGCAUCUGAGAUAUGGGCAGAACCUAGUUUGUUCUCAAAUCUCCUCCAAGCAUGCAUUCCCACAAAGUCUGUUUCUCUGGCAAAACAGCUUCAUUCUUUGAUAUUAACUUCUGGGUGUUUCAAAGACAAGUUCAUCUCCAAUCAUCUCCUCAACCUCUACUCAAAACUUGGGGAAAUCCAACAUGCAGUGACACUGUUCGAUCGAAUGCCGAGGAGGAACUUCAUGUCAUGCAACAUCAUGAUCAAGGCAUAUCUUGAAAUGGGCAACCUUGAGAGUGCCAAGAAACUGUUUGACGAAAUGCCUGACAGGAAUGUUGCUACGUGGAAUGCGAUGGUCACGGGGUUGAUCAAGUUUGAAAUGAAUGAAGAGUCUGUGUUAUUAUUUUCGAGGAUGAAUGAGUUGGGUUUCAUGCCGGAUGAGUACUCGUUGGGUAGUGUGCUCAGGGGUUGUGCACAUUUGAGAGCUUUAAUAGCAGGGGAACAAGUUCAUGCAUAUGUUAUUAAAUGUGGUUUUGAGCUUAAUAUGGUUGUCGGGUGUUCUUUAGCUCAUAUGUAUAUGAAAGCUGGUAGCUUGCGUGAUGGGGAGAGAAUUAUCAAAUGGAUGCCGAGCUGUAAUUUGGUUGCUUGGAAUACACUUAUGGCCGGAAAAGCUCAAAAUGGGUACUCUGAAGGAGUUAUGGAUCAAUACUACAUGAUGAGAAUGGCUGGUUUUAGACCAGAUAGGAUUACUUUCGUGAGUGUGAUUAGUUCAUGUUCGGAGUUAGCCAUCCUCGGUCAAGGGAAGCAGAUUCACGCUGAAGCAAUUAAAGCAGGAGCAUGUUCUAUAGUUUCUGUAGUUAGUUCAUUGGUUAGUAUGUACUCUAGGUGUGGAUGUUUGCAAGAUUCCAUCAAAGCUUUUAUGGAAUGCGAAGAGCGAGAUGUUGUAUUAUGGAGCUCAAUGAUCGCUGCAUAUGGAUUUCACGGUCAAGGAGAUCAAGCUAUCAAGCUUUUCCAUGAGAUGGAACGGGAAAGCUUGCCGGGAAAUGAAGUUACAUUCUUGAGCUUGCUAUAUGCUUGUAGCCAUUCUGGACUAAAGGAGAAAGGGCUUGAUUUCUUUGACAUGAUGGUAGAAAAGUAUGGACUUAAGGCUAGACUAGAACAUUAUACUUGUGUAGUUGACUUAUUAGGCAGAUCUGGUUGUUUGGAAGAGGCAGAGGCAAUGAUACGAUCCAUGCCGGUAAGAGCGGAUGCAAUAAUAUGGAAAACAUUAUUAUCUGCAUGUAAAAUCCACAAGAAUGCAGAAAUGGCAAGAAGGGUUGCUGAGGAAGUUCUUAGGAUCGAUCCUCAAGACUCAGCUUCGUAUGUUCUGCUUGCCAGUGUUCACGCAUCAGCUAAGAGGUGGCAGAAUGUUUCUGAGGUGAGGAGAGCCAUGAAAGAAAGGAUGGUGAAGAAAGAACCAGGCAUAAGCUGGGUAGAAGUGAAGAAUCAGGUUCAUCAGUUCCGUAUGGGCGAUGAAUGCCACCCGAAGUAUGCGGAGAUUAAUCUGUAUUUGGAAGAAUUAACUUCAGAAAUGAAGAUGAGGGGAUAUGUACCUGAUACUAGUUCUGUUUUGCAUGACAUGGACAAUGAGGAAAAAGAAUACAACUUGACACACCACAGUGAGAAAUUAGCAAUUGCUUUUGCUUUAAUGAGCACACCAGAGGGAGUGCCAAUAAGGGUGAUGAAAAAUUUGAGGGUUUGUGGUGACUGUCAUGUUGCCAUCAAGUACAUAUCAGAGAUAAAAAAAUCAGAAAUUAUUGUAAGAGACUCGAGCAGGUUUCACCAUUUUAAAAACGGUGCAUGUUCUUGUGGAGAUUAUUGGUAGUAGUUAUUCUUUGAUCUCCAUUUUUUAUGUUGUUCAUGAUCUUGCAAACAAUGCAAAGCUUACAGGUAAGAGGGACUAGAUUAGUUACUCUUCUCAUUAACCACCACAACCUUUCUUCAAUAGUAGAUAAGGUUAUAUCAUGUCAUAAUUAUUAAUUUCCAAAUUCAUAAGUGAGACUAAUUAAAAAUGGAA